AUGAUCAGUGCAUCUUCAAUGACCACUGGUUCAAAAUACUGCACUUGCAACAUACUUGGCCGUCAACCAGGUCCACAUGUAGUUCCCGAAGCUGAGAAGCUUUUGUCUGCAUCUCUCGAAAAGAUUGAGACAUUUUGGCUUAAGGAAAAUGGGCAGUUUUUGCUGGGAAACUCCCAGCCAUCUAUAGCAGAUCUCAGCUUGGUCUGUGAAAUUAUGCAACUAGAGGUGAAUGGAUUUAAUCUAUGUUGGCAACUUGGUAUCGAUAUUUAUUAUGGAAGAGGGAGGAUCGCAAUCGAAUAUUACGCCACACAAGAAAGUUCAGGCAGUGGAUCGAAGAUAACAAAGCUUGCAACAAGACCUCAUUUUGAGGAAAUUCAUGGAGUCCUCUAUCAAGUCAAAGCAAAGCUACAAAAGCAGCGGUUGUUGGGAGCAAAUACUGAGACCUAG